UUUUGCAGCCCUGGUCGUUCAACUAAAAACAAAACAAAGCAUGCGGCCUUCGGAAUCCUGACAAAUAUGACUACUACUCUAGAAGCCCAGCUCUCAGAUAAGUUGCAGAUGAUGGAGGAGAUCAAGGACACAGUCCAGGAGCCGCUAAAGCAGGACGCAACCAGCUGUGCCUCCAUUAGUUCCGACGUCCCAUCUCCCAGUGCAAGUGCGGCCAAAAUCGCUGGGCCGGAGCCCGAGUUUUACGACAAGGCGCAGAAGUACUGGUCGGAGGUUCCAGCCACCGUCAACGGGAUGCUCGGCGGCCUGGGCUACAUCAGCGCCAUCGAUAUACAGGGAUCCAAUGUGUUCCUGCGCGAAAUUCGAGUGCCGGGCAACAGGUUGGCCCUGGACUGCGGCGCCGGAAUCGGGCGGGUAACCCGAAAUCUGCUGAUCCCGCGCUUCAGCUGCGUGGACCUCGUCGAGCAGGAUCCCGCCUUUGCGGAGAAGGCACGGGAGUACUGCAGCACGGAUGGCGUGAGUCCCGGCAAGGUGGGCCAAAUCUUCAACGUGGGACUGCAGAGGUUCGCGCCGUCGCAGCAGUACGACCUCAUCUGGAGCCAGUGGGUGCUGGGCCACCUCACGGACCGCGAUCUGGUCGCCUUCUUCCGGCGCAUCAAGCAGGGCCUGGCACCCGGAGCCUACUUUUGCCUAAAGGAGAACGUAAGCAGCUCCAAGAAGACGGUGGAGGACAAGGAGGACUCGUCGGUCACCAGACCACUGGACAGCUACGAACGGUUCCUCAAGGAAGCCGGAUUCCGCAUCGUGCGCAAGGUCAAGCAACAAAACUUCCCAAAGGGACUCUUUCCGGUCUACAUGAUUGCCUGCAAACCCGUCUCCAAGGAAUAAGCUUAGCAUUUAGUUAGUUUUAGCAUUGACGUACGAGCCAUUGUACUAAAGUUAUCCCAGAAGCAAAUUCAAUGUCACAUUACUAGCUAGUCACUUAAAAUUUAAACGUUCUGAACAAUAAAUAGACAAGCUUGCAAGAGCUUUUAAACGUUCCUUAA